CUUUAGGUGGGUGUAUAUUAAAUUCUGUGCAUUGUAAUAACAUUCUUAAAGUCGCUGUGGUAAUAUAAAAAGUCUAAUGAAGAUUAAGGAAAUGAGUGACAUUUUGUGUAAAAAAUAUUGAAGGAAAAACGUAUUCGUGUUUUUCUUUUUUCAAAAUGCAUUUGCACCAGUUCUGAAUUAUAAAAAUGCUUUGAAUAGGGUUGUUUUAUAUAACACACGUUUGUUUUGUUAAGACAAUCAAAAUGGUUAACAAUAUUAUCACGCAAAAAUUAAACAUGUCUUCUAAUCAUGGCUGAUAUUGCAACAAAAGUGUCUAAAGCCGACUUGGAAAAACUGCAUUUAUCUUCGUUACCUUUCUAAGAGUUUCUUUCUUGAUACUUUAAAGUAGCAGGUUGACACCCCUUUUCACACAUGAAAGAAUUAGUAUUUAAUUAUUUAAACGAUAAGGGGUCAAUGCUAGAUUUUAUUUGUAAAAACAGGCAAACCGUUAUUUUUUUCAGGACGCACAAGUUGCAUCCCAGCACUCCGAUGACGUAAUGACGCUUUGAAUAGAAUACCGGAAGUCUGACGUUUUAUUGUUUUGAAUAUACAACUAAGCGGAAGUGGGCGUGUCUCUUUUCUGAUUCCUGCUUCACACUGCAGAUCAAAUGGCGCCACCCAAUAGGCAGAGAACUGGCUGAGAAUUGCCAACCUUACCAUACGGAAACCGCGGAUAAUUGUAUUUUUACAAAGACGUCCUGGAGGUCUUCUCAGAACCACCAGUCUUUGUUCUGAAAUUUUUGAAUAAUCACCGACCGAUUCCCUUCGGAGCCCCUCAGCUCCAUCGUCUGCGUUUAACACAGAGAGCACUCCAGUAAACUGUGCGACUCCCGUUCCCGGCAUGGAGCCCAGAUUCUCCUGCAGCCUCUUUGAAGAGCAUUUUGCAUCUUUAAAAGCGGCACUGGAUUCCGCAUUAUUAAACUUCACACAUUCCGUGGACAACAGAUUUGCAGGCUUUUUGUUGGAAAUGUCCGAAAAGGAGAAGGAAAUUGAGAGUCUCAAGCUUCAGUUGCACCUGUCCAGGAGUGAAGUGAGGUCCAUGCGGAAAUAUCUGCGUACUUCGGACUGUAAUGUGUCAAGUUUAAGUGCGACUGGGAGGACACAGACUCGUCCACAAGGAUCACGCGCUGUCCGGGACGGUUCACCGGCUGCCACCAGCGAAACUUUCCACUCCCCGCGCUGCCGUCUAGUUGGCGCUACUGAAGUGACGGCACACGUCGAGGAAACGCGAUCGAAAGGCGUACCCAGAGGUCAUAAGGAUUUACCGCAGACGGUGCAGGAGUGGAGCCAAAAAGAAACCGCGUGCGUGAGCGAUAGUGGCAGAAGCGGGCUGGAACUGAAAGAAGACAGUCCUCUAAAUCAUAAAAAAGAAGAGCAACGAGGGGAAGAACAACUUUUUCACCAGAAUUUACAUGGAACCUUCCAGAACACUUCAAAUACCUUCUCUCGUGAAAUGGACCCUGAGCAAAGCUUCAGGCACAGUGAAACGGGCAGUUCUCACUUUUUAGGGACUUACAGGAAGCAGAACUUGUAUCCUGUUAAGGAAGAGGUUCAGGUUUGUGGAACUCCCCCUGUUAAAGAGGAGCUCUCUGAGACUGAGAACUAUUUUCGCGUAUUAGUAGAAGCACCUAAUGUAGAGCGUGCUUCAGUUAAUAACACUUCUGAGGAGGUGCAAAUGGAGAGCAGUAAUUUCACAGUCCAGGAGCAGUCGGAGGAUAGUUAUAUACCACAAUGGGUUAUUCAUCAUCAACAUAACCAAAGCACUGACUCAGGUAAGAGUUUCACACACCACAUCAGUUUGAUGGAACAUCACACGGGAGAGAAGCGCUUCAGUUGUUCCCAAUGCGGGAAGACUUUUAAUUAUUUAAUAAACUUGAAGUCACAUCAACGGAUACACACAGGAGAGAAACCAUACUGUUGCAUGCAGUGCGGAAAAGCCUUCAGUCAGUUAACUAACCUUAAAAUUCAUGAGAGGAUUCAUACUGGGGAGAAGCCAUAUGAGUGCACAGAGUGUGGAAAGGCCUUCAACCAGUCAUCCCACCUUAAAAUCCACCAAAGGAUUCACACUGGAGAAAAGCCUUACUGCUGUGCUGAAUGUGGAAAGACUUUUAAUCAGUCAGGACCCCUUAGAAUACACCAAAGGAUUCACACCGGGGAGAAGCCUUACCAGUGUUACAUGUGUGGAAAGAGCUUCAACCGAUCAGCCCUCCUCAAAUCCCAUCUGAAAAUUCAUGCAAGGGGAAAACCACGUCCUUGAUGUGUGUGAUGGUCUUUAUGACUUGUAGGAAAUGUAUUAAUAAGCAGUAUAUUAAGAUAAUUCAUUAAUCUUGGGCAGCCCUAUCAAUUCUGUUUGCGUUUUCUUCAUGUGGAAAACGGUUUCUGAAAUGCACAGAUCAAAGUUGUUAUGUGACAAGGAUAAUAUGAUUAAUUAAAAAGAAAUCCUGUGUGUUAGGAAGUCCAAAUGAUUUUAUGAAUUGUCAUAUUGACAGUAUUUUAAAACAUUUAAUCAAUGAUUUAAAUUUCAGUUCAAUCAAUAACAUGUAUGUAAGGAUGAGAAAGCAGAAAGCAGUGGAGUAAGUUUUUCACUUCAUUUUAUUCACUUGUUCCAUCUGCUGCCUUCCAACACACAUGAACUGCCUGGUGGUAAGCAAGAAAAGCAGUGUAACUGUGGACACGACAUGCAGGUGCUGUUUUGAGCAGAGGAGAGUCAGCAUUUGGGUGGAUGGUUAACCCCUUUAACAUUCCACAGACAUAUUACAUUUCUAUAGAGGAGUCAGCAUUUGGGUGGAUGGUUAACCCCUUUAACAUUUCACAGACAGUUUAAUUUUAAUUAGAUGCCAUUAAAAUACUAUUGAUUUGUCAGUAAAUUGGUAAUAUCUGUGGUGGUGCUUAUGUUUUCUUCUUUAAUAGUCCUGAAAUGGAGCCCUGAAGUAUGUAAGCUUCUCACGUAAAAUAGAUUAGUGAAGAAAAAAAAUCCGUAGAAGACUUUUUUCUUUUCUUCUCUAAAUACAUGUAAAAGAAGAUUAAAAUGAUAUCACCUACAAAAGAAAGAAAGAGAUAAGAAAAUACAAGCCCCUUUUUGCAUUACAAUUGUGUAUCCCAGGUUCUGAAAGGGAAUGAAAUGUGGAGCUUACACCAAAUAAGUCUAAGCAGCAAAGAUAUUAAGAUUAUUAGAAACCUAUAUUGGCAGAAAAAAAUCAACAGUCAAAGUGGAGAAUGGCAAAACAACUGAAAUACAAAGAAGUGGAAUUUGGUAAGAAUAUGUUUUGCCACCAUAUAUAAUCGUAUUGAGCACAGAUUUUUUUUUUUCCUUUGAAAUGUAGUGAGUUGAAGUAAAAAGUUUUAAACAAAUAAAAUAUUCAAGUAAAGAUGCAGAUAACCUACAUAAAAAAUCCACUUGUGAACAGUAAUUAAGUUGUUUUACUCUGUUGCUUCCUGCCUCUGAUCCAUUGCAACAUUGUUAAUAAAUACUUUACCUUUA